UUCUCCUUGUGUUCUAUGGUGUGAAGAUAUUAUGUAGACAAAAUUUGAAUGAUGUUGACUAGGGUGGUAGGCCCCGCGCGUUCCGUGCGGCCGGUUUGCGUUUCCUUUUCCUUCAUUGGAAGCUCCCAGUGGCAUCAGUGCACGUUUGUUCGUAACUCUUUUCAAACGUCAAGAUGUCGGGAGGAAUCGACGCCCUUGCCCUCAGGGAGGAGGAUGUCACCAAGAUGCUGUCUGCAUCCACUCACCUUGGAACGGAGAACGCCAACUUCCAGAUGGAGCAGUACGUCUUCAAGCGCCGUGCUGAUGGUCCCCACAUCAUCAACCUGCGUCGCACUUGGGAGAAGCUUCUCCUUGCUGCCCGCGCCAUUGCUGCCAUUGAGUACCCCUCAGAGGUCUAUGUCAUCUCCAGCCGCUCCUUCGGUCAGCGUGCUGUGCUGAAGUUUGCCGCCCACACUGGUGCAACUGCCAUUGCUGGGCGUUUCACCCCUGGUGCCUUCACUAACCAGAUCCAGGCUGCUUUCCGUGAACCUAGACUGCUCGUUGUUACUGACCCAGCAACUGACAAGCAGCCCAUCACUGAGGCUUCAUACGUCAACAUUCCUGUUAUUGCUUUCUGCAACACUGACUCUCCCCUCCGUUUUGUGGAUAUCGCUAUCCCUUGCAACACCAAGGCUCCUCACUCCAUUGGUCUGAUGUGGUGGUUGUUGGCCCGUGAGGUUCUUCGCCUGCGUGGUAUGAUCCCCCGUGAGGGUAGGUGGGAUGUUGUUGUGGACCUGUUCUUCUACAGAGAUCCCGAAGAAGCUGAGAAGGAGGAACAAGCAGCCAAGGAGAUUGCUGCCCCUCCUCCAGUCAAGACCGAGGCAGACUACACCCACGCUGCCGAGAACUGGUCAGACCCUCCAGCAGCCGCUGAGGCUUCUUGGGACAACGAAGGUGCUGCCGCUGCCGCAGCACCCGGUGUGGCCCCUGCCGCCGCCGCAGCUACUGCUGCUGAGCCUGCCUUCGCUGCCUCUGCCACUCAGGACUGGGCUACUGCUAGCGAGUGGACUGUACCGACUCCUGCUGCCUCUGCAGCUCCUGCCGAGCCUGGAACCAACUGGGGCGGCAACACUCAGUGGUAGAUGAUGUUGGUGCAAUAAAGAACCCAAAUGAUU